GCCAUCAAAUUUAGCGAUCGUAUUGAUCUUAUGGAGGGCGCUCUUGUCAGGAAUCCGGAACAACGCGGUAAUUUGUUUUCGUCACAGAUCACACUUGACGGUUACGUGAACUUUUUGAAGAAUGCCGUUGAGUCAAACAAAACGCUUUUCAUGAUCAGUACGGAUCCACGUGACGAGUUGCCAUCCAAGAAACUCGUUGGUAUGUUGCCACGGUACUUUCACAUUACAGCCGCGAUUGGUGUUUGUUCGAGUAAUGAAGGUGAUUUUAUGUCAGAUACAUACCGUAAUAUUGAAGGUCAACAAUCAGCGUUCCCUGGACUCGUGAGAGAUUAUGAAGUGAAUUCGCACAAAUUGGCUGUUGAAGGUGUCAUACCCAGACCGUUACCCCUGAAUUUUGCAUCACUGGAUCCCGUCGCUUUAGAAGCAUUGCGGCAGGCUCACUCACAUGGUCACUCUCACAACAAUGCUCAUGCUCAUAGUCAUGGACAUUCACAUGAUGGUAUGGAAUAUGCUCACGCAUUUGAAAAUCAUCAACAAAAUCAAGCACCACCACCACCACCACCACCCACUGUAAGCGGUUCAUUAGAUUUCUUUCAUUUUGCAAACAAGGCUCAAGUACCACCGUCACAAACACAGCAAAUAAGAAAUAAUCCACCUCCUGACAUUACCACCUCAUCGCAGCCGUUAUCAAAUGACGCCGCAAAAGUGCCAGCACAACCAGCGCCUGCACCUCAACAACCUCAACUACCCAAACCAGUGGCACAACAAGCAACGAAUAGUCAACCUCAAGCUGGUGUAGCUGCAGCACUUCCAACCACAGGAAAGACGCCCCAAGCAGUACCGUCAGAAGCUGGAGCGAUGCCUGGCGAUACACCUCAAAUGGACAGUGGUCAACAACUUCCCGCAGAUAACUCUCAGCAUGCUGGUGCUAGACCAGCGCUCAGAAACGUUCAACAACCAGCGGGAGCUCAAAGAGUUCCCCAGGGCAACCCACCAUCAUCGGGUGGUCAGUCGGUAUCCGGUGGUGUUCCUCAACCAGCGAGAGGUCAACCGCUGCCUGGAGAUAACCUUCAGCCAUCUGGUGGCCAACCGGUACCCGAAGGAACUUUCCAGGCAACAAAUGUGCAGCCAAUCACGCCAGAUUCACCUAAAACAGUCAUUGAGCAACCUGUGCCCGGAGCUGCCUCUCAACCAGCAAGCGCUCCACAGCCAGUAAAUCCUGAAGUAAAGCCGAUGGGUGCUCAGCCAUUGCCGAGCAGUAUUAACCAACGGGCUGGCGGUAGCGAUCAGCAAGUGCCCAACAAAGUAGAUAAUCAGUCGACAGGUCAACAAGGUCAAACGGUCACUCAUAAUGCUAAUCAGCAAACUAGUGGACAGUCCCUUCCUGGAAACUCGCAUCAGACAGUCGGUGGAGCUAACGUUGAUGGGGGUCAAUCUACGAAUGGUGAAUCUGUUCAAGUGUCAGCCAGUGGAAAUGUUAAAAAUGUGAUCGAUGGAAAGGAGGAUCCCCAGUUAACAGCGUCCAACAACGCGCAAAAUGUUAACCGACAUAUUGCCAAUCAACCGAAUUUGAAUAAUGCGAUCCGAGGGACACCAUGGGAAGAUGAAGAUGAAAUUGAUCGAUUCAUUCGUGAAGACAUGGAACGACAAGCGAUGAAAAUGCAAGGUGCUGCCUCGGUAGGAAUGGCUCGAGAAGCUACAAGCAACACUCUUGAUUCAUCAGCGCCAGCACCAUAUUCUACUCUAUAUCAACCGAAUGCGGAUGAUCAAGUACAGAAAUCGAUGACUUUUGAUGAGAUACCACUGAAUAGCGUUAUGCGAAAUGCUGAGUUGCAUGAAAUGCACUACCAGAAUCCAUCGCUAAACGCCAAUAUUAACGCGUUCGAUGAAAAAAAUCAGCAACAACACCAACAAAACAUUCUUGUUGUGGGUGGUGGUGGACUCGCUAGCUUACCACAACCAUCGAUGGCUUCAUUUUCAUCGAUACCCAUCUCGGAAAUUCCCGUUCUGAGCACCACUACGCAAUCACCGAGCGUCGCUCACCAUUCAGUCCCAACCACUAAUCAACCGACCCAAACAGUAUCGGGACUAUCACCCAUGGACGCUAGCAUUCACUCGCGUGAACCGAUCGCCGAAACACAGCAACCGCCUUCUGGAUCUUUUGGAGGAAUUUCGCAAGAGCAGAAACAACAG